AUCGACACAGCCGAAGCCGAAGGCCUUGUAGACAGUGGCCGACCGUCGCCGAUCAACCACCCUGUUCUCACCUCUCCUCUAACAACGACAAACACCUCCUCCAGCCGUCCACCCCUCAAGCGGGAAUCCUCCGCCCCACCGCCCUCGAACCCUCCUCCAGCACCGCCAACACAACCCUCGGAACCGAACGAGUACCCCUCAGAGCAGCCCGAUAGUCUGACCCUCGACCAACUGAAACGGAUUCGCAGCACCUUCCCAAACGCCCAACAGCCGACGCCGAGAGAACAGCUUUUAGACUACUCGACCGUUUAUGACUUUCAGUACAAAGACGCGCAGUCGUUUCCGGUGGAGGUUGAGGAAUGGUUCACUUAUAGCGAAGAAGAGGAGUUGAGGUUGAGAAAGUGCAAGGCGGCGUUUAAUCAGGAAUGGAGGACCAGUCGACAUGGAGAGGGGACGGACUGGACGGACGUUACCGAGGAUGCUAGACGGGAGUUUAUGGAGAGGCAAGUGGAGAGUCUGCGAAGCAGUGGUGGAAAGAGUGCGAAUAGUCUCAUGAUAUUGGUUUAUGUGGCGCUGGGAGUAUGGGAAGAGACCGCCGGACGCGCAUCGGCAGGUCGUGGAUUGGCCGAUCUGUUUCCGAGAGAUGACGGGAAAGGUGGGAGUAGGUUGGGCGAGUACGGAAGGAGUGGGUUGCAGAUCCAGUGGAUUGUACGCAUGGUCGACGCUCUUCAUGCAUGUGGAGGGUUGAAGGUGGUGUAUGAGGCUUUGCAAGCGCAGUGCGAGGACAGCUUUGCCGCAUCACCGAUCGAGGUUCCGACGAGGAAUGAAGCGCCACCGAAGCGUGGGGAGGAGAGUAUGCAGCUUUGGUGCUGUCUGACGUUGAUGUAUCUCUUUGUUGAAGUUGCACGGACGGCGCAUGGGCCGAGUGGGAAGGCGUUGAAGCAGGACAUUCUCGCGCUUGAGCCAAAGCUGGUCAAUUACUUCACCCAGAUCGUGGCGAGGUUACGGUGGGACGAUGUUGCGCCCAUUCCACUUACGAAGAUGCUCUUGCUCGCCUGGAAGACCGUCCUUGUCACUUUUGGUGGCCUCACGGAUGUAGAGAUGCUUAGGGCCUCUCUCAAAAAGGAAGAUGGUAAAGGCAAGCACGAGGAGAACGACGACCGAUCUCACAACGCCCGGCGCCAGCCAAUCAUCACCGCCUCCCCACUGGACUACCACCUUUUCCGGCAAGAAAUCAGCUCCAAAUACCCGGCCUACCAACCUCCAGCACCCCUCUUCCCGCUCGAGCCGGAGAACAACAGCAUCCUGCCCCCACUCAAACACCGCCAACCACCAAGCCACGCCGAUGCUACCUCUACGUCAGCCUUCAGUACCGCACCGUCAAUCAUGCACCAACCCGUCCACAUCGCCACGCCAGCCCCUUCACCUCCUCCUUCUCCUGGCGGACCAGGCAAGGCUGGGAAGAAGCAGAACUACCAAACCAACCAGAUGUUUCCUUUCCUGUAUCCGCCCGUGGAUGGCGAGUUGGGUGGCAAGGGGAGUACCCGAUUACAGGAUGAGAUUGUAGGGAGGCGGUGGGAGGGAGGUGGAGAAGAAGGUGUGGUACCGGCGAGUAUCAAGGAGGCGGCCGAGUUGUUUGCGGGGCGUAUGAGGGCUACGAGGGCCAUGAGGCAGUUGUGGGAGGUUAGGAUGGAGUAUAUGAGGGCUGAGAGGGGGUGGAAGGGCGAUAGAGAUGCUGAGGGCGCGGAGACAAAAGAAGUGGAUGGCUUUCAACUGGUGGAGAAGCCGUCACUACCCGCCGAGGAGACGUUGAAGGAAACGUGGGAGCAGAAGAAGCUGAAAGAGGUGGAAGAAUACUAUCGUGAUUCCCUCCCACAUCUGCAAAGCGUGGUGAUCGUACUUCUCAAAGCCGUGCUGCAGAAUGUUACUGAUCUGGUCACGAAGAGCAAUGGCCAGAACGGGGUAGGACUCCAAGCAGGCAUCCACUUCAACGACGUACCCAUUGGCUCCGCGAAGCCCGUCGAGAACGGCAAUGGCAUCAACCACACCUCAGCACCACUAGAAGAGACCACAGCCGACGACCUCGACCGCCUCCGCACGCAAGAAGUCGCCGCGAAAGCUCUCUCGGCCAUCCUUCUCUUACUCUUGAAGUGGUUCAAGGUCACCCACAUCCUAAUGUACGAAUACUUAACCCAACUCCUCCUCGACUCCAACUAUGUCCCCCUCAUCCUCAAGCUCUGGCAAACGCAAGAGAUUGGCCGGGCUUGCCACUUUAGGCUGGAUAAAGAGGAAUGCGGGUUCUGGUGGUUCUGUCGGUCUAACAGUCGACGGGGCCUGCCGGAGAAGGUGGGGAGUCAAGUCGAAGGGACGAGUUUGACGACGUUUGAGGAGAUGGAGGAGAGUGAGGAGGAAGAUGCUGUGCCGCCGCCUAUUAAGCGAAGUCGGGAGGAAGAAGUCGCUGAGGAUCGGCAGUCGCUGUCCCCUACCGGAGCGGUGGCGGGUGAGGACGAAGCCUACGCCGCCGUGUUGCCUCAUCCGCCGGAAGUCGACGAGCUGGGUUACCCAACCACGCCAUUACCGGAUAUACCGAUCAGAGACUACAAUUGGCGCGCAACCUUCACACUGAUCAACCACCUCCGCACGCUUCAGAAACUUACACGUCGCAAGACUCACCGCGCCUUACUCUUGGUAUCGUACAAAAGCAGUAAUCACCUCAAAAAGUCACUCCGUAUACCGGUACAGCAGCUUCGGUAUUACACCCUCAAGCUCUUCAAGUCCCAAGUCCCCUUCUGCGGUCGGAAGUGGAGACAAAGUAACAUGAAGAUCAUUACGGCCGUCUGGCUUUCCGUUCCCGCCGAGUUACGAGACGACUGGUUGAGUGGCGGAGGCGGCGGGAUGGGCGGGAUGGGCGGGCUGGGAGAUGUGGAUGGCACGGUUGAGGAUGCGUUGCCGCUUGAGCAGGGGCUGAGGGGGUUGACGUUUUGGUGGAAUUUGAGGCGGUUUCCGGAGGCGAUGGGAGUGCAGCAGGGUGUUGAGGACAAGGGUGCCGGAGAGGAGAUGGGCUUCUUCGAACGGGAGCUGGAGAAAAUGGAUAUUGGUGCUGGGAUGGGACUCGAUGGGGAGAUGGAGGGGGAGGGUGAGGAGGAGGGAGAAGGGUGG